AUGUCCAACAAUGAUGAAACAAAACCUGUUGAUGAAGAUGUAAAUUUAUCGGAAAACUUUAUAACUGCUCACGAAGAUGUUUUUGUAAAUAAUAAUCAUAGCCAUGAAAAAGUGAAUCUUGCAACUGUACAAGACCAAACACAACCAUCAGCAUCGGGUAUUGAAGAAGAAAUUAAUUUUGAUGAGAAUGAAACUAUUCAUGCACGUUCAUCAUCACCGACACUUUCCGAUGACGAUGCUAGUAGUAGUAUCGUUGUUGAUGAUAGUGGAGACAUAAAUUUAGACGAAGAAGUUUCUAUCAUUGACGAUGAUGAAUUACCAAAUAACAAUCAUAUUCAAAAUAAUUCUGCAAAAUCCAGUAAUGCUCAACAACAUGGAAUAACGCAUCCGAUCAAAACAGAAACACAAGAAGAUGUAGAUUUAAACGAAGAGGCUACUAGUCCGCUGCAUUCAAACACCAUGAUCAGUGUAAGCCACAUGGACCAACAUAAUUUUGUUGCAGCAACUCUUGACGACGAAGAAGUAGACUUGGGAGAAGUGGAAGAAAUGAUAGAAACAAUCGCUCCUUCUCCGUUAUUGGAUACGACUUUUUCACCUCGAUCCGAUCGGGAAACAAGAAUAACAAAUGCUCAACAACAACAACACGGCAGCAGCUUAACACAACAACCAUCACAAACCUUUUCCGAAAGCAUCAUGCUCGAUGAAGAUAUUAAUUUUGACGAGCCAAUCACAAUAGAGGAUGAAGAGGAAAUCAAUUUCGAUUCUGAAUAUUCUGAGAACGCUUCACAACAACUCAAAGCGACAAUCAGAGUUAAAGAGGAAAUGGUGGAUGAGGAUGUAGAUUUAAACGAAUCGCAAGCUGAAUCAUCGACAUCUCUCGUAGAAAAUACCAAAAAUGAAACCGAAGCAAAAUUAAGAUCAACUCCAUCCUUGGAUUUUCAAUCGGAUUUGCAACGCGAGAUGGAAGAGGAAAUUGACCUAAAUGAUGAUGAAUCUUUAUUGGAUUCAAUACCUCCUUCACCUCAUCGAACUGAUUCAACUACUGCACAGCAGCAAGAUGCUGACACAACACUUAAUGAAGACAUUGGUUUAGAUGAGCCUACAUCAAACUCACUUCCCAUUUUGUCAACGAUGAACGAAACGAUAAGCGUUGACAAGAAUCAGCAGCAGCAGCAACAAGAACAACCUCCAUCCAUUCCUUCACACCCACAAUUAAUUCCUGAAGAACAAGACCGAUUGCCUCCUUCAACUUCUUCUUCACAGGAUGAAGAGUUCUUCCAAACCCUCAACGCAGCUCCAUUACACACUCCUUCAACAACUACUCACGAGAUUACCAUUGCUCCAACCUUACCUCCAUCUAACGAUCAAGAAACUCCACUUGUAAACAUCAUACUACCUCCUCAUCAAGAUGCUCAUGUCACGCAAGAGCCAUCCAAAACCAUUGACAUUAUCUCAAUAUCCUCUGACGAUACAAGCACUGAAGGUUUUGAUCAUUCUGACGAGAGUCAUGAAGAAGACGAAGAAGAUGACUUGGAUGAAGGUGAUAUCAUGUCUGACGACGACGAAAACUAUCAUCCCACUAUCAGCAUACGACGACUGGCAACCAUGAUGAAGCGAAUAUGCUCUGAUUUGUGCACGGGAAGUUUUUCGAGUGGAGGGCAAUUGUUUUGUCGAGUUGGAUUGCCAGGAUUGCAAAUUCCCAUACUGACACCAAGCAGUGACCCAAUAUCCUCGUCAUUACGGAAUCAACCACACCCAAUGGCAUCGCAAGAAACAGAGUCGUACACCAAUGAUCAUCCAACCUUAUUUAAACAUGUUUCAUUACCAAUCGCUACUAAGGAACAAGCAGAUGAGCUCAUUAAGUUGAGCUUAUCCGCUCGAGCUUUGCCACCGCUCAGAACACAAGACCAGAAGAAGAUUUGGUACAUUACUCCGAAUCUAUUCAAACUGACGAAUCCACACUGGGACAAAAUGAUUGCAGAUGUGGUCGAUGAUUCUGCUCGACGUGGAUUAGGUGUGAGUUCAAAAAAGAAAAUCUCACACGAACUGGAAUACUUGGUACUGUACCAAGAUGGAAGUGUUGAUUUUCACAGAGGAAAGAAACAAUCCACUCGUGAACAAGUUAAAGAGGAAAAUCCAGCAUUUGCAAAACUCAUCGUUCAAUUACCGUCAGUGUAUAGUGGUGGAGCAGUAAUCGUUCGAUAUCACGAAAAGGAGGUCCAAUACGAUUUCUCAGACUCUUCAAGUUAUUUACCUUCGUAUAUAUCACUGUAUGAUGAGUGUGAUCGAGAAGAAUGCUCAAUUCAAAGCGGCUAUCGUUUGUGUCUCGUCUACAAGAUUAUUUUCACAGGGGGAGAAGGACGAAUACCCAAAUUCGACCAUGGCUCACAAAUCAGCCACGAUUUAAAAAGACUUGUGGAUGAAUGGUCAGAGCAGGAGCCACCCAUGGCCGUUUUCCCACUCGCAAAUGUCUAUCCUCAAUCAUCCUUUAAUUUCGAGUCUCUCAAAGAUGACGAUGCACUAAUUUUCAAUUUUUUCAAUAACUUCAAUGCCAAUCAUCCACAGUUGCACUUAUUCCUUGCAGUAUUCGAGAAGAAAGCAGUAGUAUCACGUUCAACAAGGAGCGAUGAGACACAAAACAUUUCAUAUCGAGCAUUUUCGCUGUUAGGACCCAAUAAUGAUACUCGAUUUCAAAAAUUUAGCUUAAAUUUAGAUGUCUCAAGUAUUUUUCCCUACGAUGCUGUGACAGACAUGCCAUUCACUGAGAGGAAUCAACUCGGUAGUGGUCCCGUAGAAUUGAAAUGCCGCUGUACUUGCUUAAUCAUCAUUCCUAAAAAGAUUGACUACAUGUUUUGGGCAUAUACGGAUCCUACAAGUUGUUAUCAGGGAUUUUUGAGCCUCUACAAUCAAUAUCGAAGCGACCCGACACGAAGAGAUGCCUGCAUUCGACUUGCUCUUUCACAAAAAGAUUCAGCCAUGUUCAAAAGUAAUAUUAGUGAACUCGUACCCAUUCUCAUUGACUUGAAAGACACCAAUUUGCUGAAAUUGUUCAUUACCAGUGCUGCAGCCAACAUUAGUCUCAAUACAUGGAAUGUCAUCUUGUCACAAUUUUCGAUUGAUGAUUUGAAGCAAGAGUUUUUAACGAGUGUGGUUCGAUCGACCUGUGCCAACGCAAAUAAUCUUUGCCAAAGAUUGCAAGCAUCCAUAGAAAUGGUACAAAAAUUUAAUAAUUCACAACUCUCUCAAGAAUUUAUUACCAAGAUCAUUGAGUCUCUCAGUAUCAAUACCUCAUCUCAGUACAUGUCACUUAAAGCCAUUGGAAUACUGCUGAAUACGCUAAACUCGUUGGAACUACCAAUUACUCCUGCAUUCAAAAAGUUGUUGGUAAAACGGACGGACAUUUAUACAUUCUCGGAUAAACCCACGGGAAUUAUUACAUCCAUAUUCAGGACAUGUCUGCAACAAAACGAGAGACCAAUUUGUGAUACUAUUUUCAACAACAUGAUCCAGUCUGUGACUCCUCUAGCUCUAGAAGCUUCACUGGACACUUUCGUUACAAUAAUUCACAUGAUUGGUUUGGAAUCCUCAAUUUCACGAGUGCAGAACGUUUUAAGAAGUGUCAACUCCAUUACACUAUAUUUGAACAUGAUGAGAAAGCUACAAACAAAUUUCUUAGAAAACAACUCUGAAUAUCAUAAGGAGGCAUCUUUUAUUUUCAAGGAAUGCAAACACCACGUUAUUAAUUCUUUUUAUACAAUGCAAACUCUUGAUAUCACCUUGUGCCAGCAAGUUCUUGUAUUUUUUUGGACAAACAAAUUGUUGGAUGACAUUACUGGAAUUACUUCAACUAUUAUUGUCAAAGCUGGAACCGAUUAUGAAGUAUUGCUCACGCUCAUUCGAUAUAUUGAACAAAAGUUUGGACAAGCAGCAUUUCAACACAUUGCAUUCAAUUCGAUCCUUUUAAAUUGCUCCAAUAUUGUCAAAGUGCACUUGUCUCAAGCAUCAGCAAGCAGUGGACAAGAUUGGUCUUUCAAUGUUGACAUGUCAUGCCAUUGUGCGUAUUGUCAACCUGCACAAUUGUUUUUAAAGGACAAGACGCAACGACAAAUCGAGCUCAGACACGCUGAAAAAUACAGAAAUCACAUCUCAGAACAAGUGAAGCAAGCUGUGGCCGACAAUGCCAAAUAUUUGAAAUUUGAGACCAUCAAGACAGGCUCUCCCUAUGGUUUGCUAAUUAAGAAAAUUGCAACACCCAAUGAUAGUCAGAAACGCAAAGUUAAACGAAUUCAAGACAUUGACAAUUAUUUGACACGACUGAUUGCCUCUGUCAAUAAUGCUAGCUCGUCCUCAUCUCAAGUUCCAGGAUAUAUUGUUGCAUCCAAUUCGCCCACAGCUAGCAUGUCAUCAAGCCAAAGCAAUACAUCCAUUUCCUCCUCAGCCUCUACCUCGUCGUCAUCAGGCGUGAAACGAAUCAUCAGUCAUUCAUCCUCUUCUUCAUUGAAUCCACCCAAUAAGAAAUCAAAGGAGCGAUAA